AUGUCGGCCGAGGAAUACGAGCUUCUCAAGGCCGAGGUGGCCACGCUCCACGAGACGCUCGAGGGCAAGGGCAUGAACUCGAAGGGGACGAAAGACGUCUUUGGCCGCCUCUUUCCCGUACCGGUCGACGAGGAGCACAAGUCGACCGUGCUCUUCUCCGUCAUGUUUAAUGGCAUCGUCCCGAACUUUCCGCAGCCGCACAUGCACGCCUUCUGGGCCGCCACGUUCGGCUUCUUCUCCACCUUCUUCUCCGUAUUCGCGCCGGCGGCCCUCAUGCCAUAUCUCAAGAAGAGCAAGGAGGACGGGGGGCUCGACCUCACGCCGGACGACAUCGCCACCUCGGGCUCGUUCGCCGUCGCCUUCACCAUCGUCAUGCGCGUCCUCGCAGGCCCGCUCUGCGAUGUGUUUGGUGCUCGCUGGACCUUUUUCGGCCUCCUCUGGCUCGGAAUCCCGGGCAUCAUCGUCCUCGCUUUCGCGGAGUCCGCCCAAGCCCUUUGGGCGGCCCGCUCGAUGAUCGGACUCUCCUUGGCCUCCUUCGUCACCUGCCAGGUCUGGUGCUCCCAGAUGUUCACCAAGAAGAUUGUCGGCACGGCCAACGCCACCGCUGGCGGCUGGGGCAACCUGGGGGGCGGCGUGACGCAGCUGGUGAUGCCCCAGAUCAUGCUCGGCUUCCUCUCGGCGACGGACAAUGACAUCGACCGCUCGUGGCGCCUCUGCAUGAUCGUGCCGGCGGCCCUCCACGUCAUCUCCUCCAUCGCCGUCAUCACCGGCCGGGACCUGCCCGACGGCAACUACCGCGAGCUCGAAAAGUCGGGCGUCAAGGAGAAGAAGAACGGCUUCAAGACUUUCGCGAUCGGCGUGUCCAACGUCAACACCUGGAUCCUCACGAUCGGCUACGCCUUCUGCUUCGGCGUCGAGCUCACGAUGAACAACAAGGCGGUGAACUACUUCUACACGUACUACGCGGUCACGCCGCAGAUCGCCGGCAUCCUGGGCUCGUGCUUCGGGCUGAUGAACUUGUUCGCGCGCUCGUGGGGAGGCAUCCUCUCUGACGCCAUGAACGUCCGGUACGGCAUGCGCGGCCGCUUGUGGUCCAUGUGGGUCGUCCAGGCCCUCGAGGGGAUGAUGUGCAUCAUCAUGGGCCAGGAGUGUGUCCGCAACCAGGGCACGCUCGGCGUCACGAUGGUGGUGAUGGUCCUCUUCUCCAUCUUCAUGGCGGAAGGCCUCCACUUUGGCGUCGUCCCUUACGUGUCGGCGCCAGCCCUGGGCGUCGUCUCGGGCAUGGUCGGCGCGGGCGGCAACUUUGGCGCUGUGAUGGGCUCCAAGUUCAUCGUGGGACCUCCCAGCGUCGGCCCCCCCUCGGUCGACAAGGGCUUCAUCAACCUCGGUCCGCGUCGUGCCAGCCAGCGGAGUGUAGGUUCGCCGCCACGAGAGGCUCGCCUGAUCUGCCCCGGCCCGUCCUCCCCGUCUCACAGGCGCCAUCAUCAUGGGCACCUCGCUCCUCUUCUUUGGGAUGUACUUCCCGGAGCACGGGGGCAUGCUCUUCAAGAAGGGCGCCCUCGGCAACUACGACCCGCAGCUCUACAAGCCCGUCGACGGAGAACGCGGCGCUGA